UUUGGUCAUUUCCGGACAAUGUUGGGACAACAGCAUUCAAUGCUUCUGCGCAAAAAGGACCAAGGUGCUUUGAACAUGCCUAAAUGUAUGGCAGUCUUUGUCUUCAACCUUAAACACAGCCCAGAUGAUUUCGUGCUUGUUGUGGGCAUCAUCUCUGGCCUUGCUUACCUACCUCGCCUACCUACCUAUGUAUGUAGAUACCGGGUGGCCAUGACUGUUUGCCGAACCUGUCUCGUCUUAAUGACUGACAUCAUCUCUGCUACCUGUCAAAUCAAUUCUUUUAUCACAGUAAUCCGCCAUCCAUAAGGACCACAUUUAUUCUCUAUCUCUGAUUCUACGUCCCAAGUGCCUGCGUGGUGCGUGCUAUAAGGCCAGAGUAGGAUACUUUAUCAAAGCCACUCUUUGUCUUCAGCCCCCUCCGACCAUCUCCCACUACUUGCCCAGCGAACAGAUCCAUUUUGAAGAGCCAAUAUCUCACACGCACCCUACCCUCCCACACACGGCAAUAUCCGUGAAAGUUAGAGCUUUGUGGCCGACCACCGACUUCGCAUGCCGCAUGGAAACGGGCUGCGAAUCUGCGACUUAUGUGCCCUCUUGUACCUUUCCACUUACUUACAUACUACCACAGCAGGUAGACCGCCCAGAGACCACCCUAGUAUCCAUCUUGGCCCAGAUAGCUCUUCCCGUCUGCUCCUCGAUAUUGUAUUUGGCUACUGUGAGUGAGCAUAAGGCCUUCCGCCUACCUAGAUAUUG